CUGAUGUGCUCAGCCAGAGCAGAAUACUCCAGCUGCGGCGAGAAUGAGUACUACAACCAGACCACCGGGCUGUGCCACGAGUGUCCCCAGUGUGGGCCUGGGGAGGAGCCCUACCUGUCCUGUGGCUACGGCACCAAAGAUGAAGACUAUGGUUGCGUCCCCUGCCCGGCGGAGAAGUUUUCCAAAGGAGGCUACCAGAUAUGCAGGCGCCACAAAGACUGCGAAGGCUUCUUCCGAGCCACCGUGCUGACACCAGGGGACAUGGAGAAGGACGCUGAGUGUGGGCCUUGUCUCCCGGGCUACUACAUGUUGGAGAACAGACCCAGGAAUAUCUACGGCAUGGUCUGCUACUCCUGCCUCCUGGCACCCCCCAACACUAAGGAAUGUGCAGGAGCUGCCUCGGGAGUCUCGGCCAGCCUCCCCAGCACCUCCGGCAGCAGCACUCUGUCUCCCUUCCAGCACGCCCACAAAGAGCUCUCAGGCCAAGGGCACCUGGCCACGGCCCUGAUCAUUGCCAUGUCCACCAUCUUCAUCAUGGCCAUUGCCAUUGUCCUCAUCAUCAUGUUCUACAUCAUGAAGACGAAGCCUUCUGCCCCAGCCUGCUGCACCAGCCAACCCGUGAAGAGCGUGGAAGCCCAAGUGAACAAGGAAGAAGAGAAGAAAGAGGCCCAAGACAGUGUGGUGAUUUUCUCUGAGAAGGACGAAUUCGAGAAGCUGACAGCAGCUCCAGCAAAGACUGCCAAGAGCGAGAACGACGCCUCGUCGGAGAACGAGCAGCUGCUGAGCCGGAGCAUGGACAGUGACGAGGAGCCCGCCUCCGACAAGCAGGGCUCCCCCGAGCUGUGCCUGCUGUCGCUGGUCCACCUGGCCAGAGAGAAGUCGGCCACCACCGCCAAGGCGGCCGGGAUUCAAAGUCGAAGAAAAAAGAUAUUGGAUAUGUAUGCCAACGUGUGUGGAGUGGUCGAAGGUCUCAGCCCCACGGAGCUGCCAUUUGAUUGUCUUGAGAAGACGAGCCGAAUGCUCAGCUCCACAUACAACUCCGAGAAGGCGGUUGUGAAAACAUGGCGCCAUCUCGCCGAGAGCUUUGGACUGAAGAGGGAUGAGAUUGGGGGCAUGACAGAUGGCAUGCAACUCUUUGACCGCAUCAGCACGGCAGGCUACAGCAUCCCAGAGCUGCUCACAAAACUGGUACAAAUCGAGCGGCUGGAUGCCGUGGAGUCCUUGUGCGCAGACAUAUUGGAGUGGGCUGGGGUGGUGCCGCCUGCCUCCCAGCCACCGAUUACACCCUGAGGAGCAUGCCUGUGGACUGUCCUCCCUGGGAUGCACCAAGGAUUAUGAGGGCUCUGGAGCUGUGAGUGGUGCCAACAGACUGCCAAGAAUCAAGACUUUUUCUGCUAUGUCACCAGGGUAUGCCUUAGAUUGUUCCAAGGAACAAGAGGAAAUGAGGCCUGU